AUGGAGAAUGAGCGCUCGAAUCUCUUGGCUAUCGUCAAACUUGUUGUACACGAUCUAAUUCAGCUUACAUUUGAUCAACAUCAGGUUUCUCUUGAUGAAAACAUUUUCUGGGGUGAAUCUAGGACUGUUCAUUGUGAAGAGGUUCUAAAUAUUGUCUGGCGGUUGCUUUCUGUUGUUGAGCACUGUCUCUGUCAUGGUUUACGCCGAGGUUACAAAAUGCCUGACUCUUUUGACGACAACAAUGAAAGAACUUCAUCGAAAGGAUUAAUGAAGGAUGCGACAACUGUCGUCCGAAGAGCACGUAAUCAUGCCGUUUCCGCUGCAAAUAUUUUUAUGAAAAAUUCGUCACAUCCAAAUCCUUGGCCCGUAUUAUUAGAAGCAGAAAAAUUGUCAAAGACCACAGAUUCUAUAAGUAAAACUGUUGCUACGAUGACUGAAAUACGGACUGGACUAGGUCGCUCUCGCGUUUGGUUAAGGCACGCUUUAAUGAGAAAGCAACUAGGAGAGUUUUUUCAAGUCAUAAUAGAUUCCAUCGAUUCUUCCAAUUCAAAUGGGAGUUUGGAGAGUUCUCCAAAAGUCUGUGAAAGCAACACAAUUCCUGUAACACAAAAUUCCAGUACAUUUGCUACAUUUUAUCACUCCGGUGCUUUGCUUUUGAAUAACGAAGGAGUUGUCGUAACCGGUUUGUUAGCAACUUUGAAGUCUAUAGACUUUUGCUUCAUACUGAAAGAUAAUCUGUCUUACAUGGAUAAACCGUUACACGUAAUACCGUACCACAUAUAUUUACAAGCUAACUUGAAUAGACUUGAAAAGUUAUAUUCAAAAGUAAAUUUAUGUCGUCCAGCAGAUUUAUCAUCUUCAAUCGACCAGAAGAAUUUUUUAGAAGAUUUAUGCAACGUACUGAAGAAACGAAUCGAUCGAGAAAAUACAAUAAAUCAAAGACUAAACAAUGAAAUUACACACCUUUCUAAGCAGAUGGAAUCCAUGAAACUUGAAAAUCGGAGUUUGUAUAUCACCGUAGCACAACUGAAAAAGGACCAAGUUGGUUUAAAUAACAUGCAUUCAGAAAAUAUGGAAGCAGUGAGUCGCAUAAAUCAAUUAGAGUCUGAAUUAAAAAAUUGCCAAAAGACAAAUGAAGAAAAUGCUGAACUUGUUGAAUCGAUUCGAAGUCAUUUAGAUGAAUCAAAUAAAAGAUGUAAUCAGUUAACUCGAUAUUUAUUCGAUUCCCAGUCGUCACUUGAACAUAAACAAACUAUAAUUAAACAAUUAGAAGCUAAGUGUAAAGGAAUGACAAAUAUGAUUGAACAGAUGAACGAGAGAAUAGCUAGGCUUACUAAUGAAAAGGUUUCACAGGAACGAGAUUUAUAUAAACUACGCGAAGAGUUGUCAAACGCAGAUACAAAAUCUGUUGAGCAGUUAAAAGUGAUUGAAAAUCAAGCUAGUCAGAUCGAAAGAUUAAAAACUGAAUUGAAUGAGCAAACAAUCGAGUUGAAUAAUUCAAAGAUGGCUUCUGACCAGCUAGUUUUGUGUAAAUUAGAAGUUGAAGAGUUAGACAAACAACUUAAAGUCUGGCGUAAACGGUGUGAAGAACAGGAGUAUAGUUUAUCCGAAAUGGCUGCGGUUGUGAAUUCGAGUAAGCUUGAAGCUGAAAGUUUGCGUGAGUCACAUAGUGCAUUCAGUGAUGCUCAAUGGGCAAAUGAUUCUGAAAAUCCAAACUGUUUUCUUUGUCAUAGUCCGUUCAAUGUUAGUCGUCGUCGGCACCACUGUCGAAAUUGCGGCCUGAUAUUUUGUCACGAAUGUUCAUCCAGAAAAAUGACUUUACCAAGUUCUGCCAAACCUGUACGAGUCUGUGAUUCAUGCCAUGGAUUACUUUUACAUCGCUAUAAUGCUAAAUAA